AUGGCAUUGGGGAAGAAGAAACUAGGUUUAGGUGCCGUGAAAUCAUUAUCAUCAAACUCAAAUGGAAAUGUAGUUGGUACUACUACUGAGGGAGGAUUAGGGUUAGGGUUAGAGUUUGUCAAGUACAAUAAGAGAGGAUUAGGGAGGAAGAGGUUAUUGAUUUCAGGCUGCAAGAUUCUUUGGGAUUCAACUCAAAACCAUGAAGAAACAUUGGUUAAAACUAGUCCAAAUCUCGAAUCUCUGCCUCAAGAUAUUUUGGUGAAGAUUAUAUGUGGAGUGGAGCAUGAAGACUUAAAGCAAUUGUUUAAUGUGUCAAAGACUAUACGAGAAGCUACAUUGAUAGCUAAGAAAUGGCAUUUUGAAUAUACUACACCAAGAAAAACUCUGUUUUCUCGAAGUGGGAUUGAUGCAGUGAUCGGCUCGAGAGAUAAAAUCAAAGCUCCAUUGCUGAAAAAGUACGGCUUUUCGAGGUUAAUCUGCUCCAAGAAUGUUUCUAAAAUCUCAGUGGCUCUUUUCAAAUGA